AAAAAAAAAAGCAGUAAAGCAUUGGAAUGGGUACAGCAAGUUGCGUUGUUGUGGUAGGGCUGGUAUGGAUGUUAGUUGCAAGCACGGUGGUGGGUAACCAUGGCAAGAAGGUGACGUAUGAUGCAAGAUCUCUAAUCAUUGGUGGAACCAGAGAAGUCUUCUUCUCAGGCUCCAUUCACUAUCCUCGUAUGCCUCCUGAGAUGUGGCCGGACAUCUUAAAAAAAGCUAGAGAAGGAGGUUUGAAUGUCAUCCAGACUUAUAUCUUCUGGAACCUUCAUGAACCUGUUCAAGGCCAAUUUAACUUCGAAGGCAACAAUGACGUGGUGAAAUUCAUCAAGCUGAUUGGGGAGAUGGGUAUGUACGUGACACUGAGGGUGGGACCCUACCUUGAAGCUGAAUGGACCUUGGGAGGAUUCCCAUACUGGUUGAAGGAGGUACCCGACAUCUAUUUCCGUACGUACAACGAGCCAUUUAUGAAACACAUGAAGAAGUUCGUGGAGAUGACAGUAGAUAUGAUGAAAAAGGAGAAAUUAUUCGCACCCCAAGGAGGCCCCAUAAUUCUGGCUCAAAUUGAAAACGAGUACAGCAACGUGGCGGGUUCGUAUAGAGAAAAUGGAAUAAAAUAUAUUCACUGGGCUGCAGAAAUGGCUGUGGGUCUGUACAACGAAGUUCCAUGGAUCAUGUGCAAGCAAAAGGAAGCUCCCCAGGAAGUGAUUAACACCUGCAAUGGGCGACACUGCGGCGAUACUUUCUCAGGCACUAACGGCCCCAACAAGCCUGUUAUGUGGACUGAAAACUGGACGGCUCAAUACCGAACUUUCGGAGACCCUCCCUCCCAGAGAUCAGCCGAAGAUCUUGCCUUUUCCAUCACUCGUUUCUUCGCCGCCAAGAACGGCACUUACGUCAACUAUUACAUGUACUAUGGUGGAACCAAUUUUGGCAGAACCUCCUCCUCCUUUGUCUCCACUCGCUACUACGAUGAAGGGCCGCUUGAUGAAUUUGGGUUGUAUAGGGACCCCAAGUGGAGUCACCUAAGAGAUAACCACAGAGCUCUCAAAUUGUGCAAGAAGCCUUUGUUCUGGGGUGCCCAAACUAUCCAAAAGAUCACCACCGAUCUGGAGAUCAUUACUUUCGAGAAUCCUGCCCUUAAACUCUGCGCUGCAUUCUUGACCAACAACCACACCUUAAACCCAAACACAAUUAAUUUCAGGGGCACAAAAUACUACCUCCCCGAGAAGUCCAUCUCCAUUCUCCCGGACUGCAAAACCCUGGUUUUCAACACCCAGAACGUGGUUUCACAGCACAAUGCCAGGAACUACGUACCUUCAAAGCUUUCCAAUAAUUUUAAAUGGGAGAUGUUCCAAGAAAGCAUUCCCACUAUAGAUAAUCUGCCCAUGAAGAGCCAGCUCCCAUUGGAGCUGUACAGCUUGACCAAAGACACCACGGAUUAUGCGUGGUACAGCACCAGGAUCUUUUUUACCGAACACGAUCUCCCCACCAAGUCCAACACCCUUCCAGUUGUGUAUGUCCACAGUAUGGGGCACGCCCUGGUUUUAUUUGUGAACGGGGAGUACUUGGGGUCAGCACACGGGGACAACAUUAAGAAGGCGUUUGACUUGACUAAGCCAGCGGACUUGAAGCCCGGAAAUAAUGACAUUUCAUUCCUGGGCGUCAUAACCGGGUAUCCCAACAGCGGAGCCUACAUGGAGAGGAGGUUUACCGGACCAAAAUAUGUGCGGGUGCAGGGGUUGUUGGCUGGAACCCUGGAUAUCACCAGGAACUCGUGGGCCCAGUCUGUUGGGCUUCCAGGGGAGAAGCUCAAAUUAUACACGGAAGAGGGGUCCCACAAAGUGAAGUGGACAGCAGUGAGUAAUGUGAACCCACCACUCACCUGGUACAAAACCUACUUCGAUGCUCCGGAAGGGAACAACCCGGUAGCAAUCAGAAUGUCAAACAUGGCAAAGGGUAUGAUUUGGAUAAACGGGAGAAGCAUAGGGCGGUAUUGGGUUUCAUUCUUGUCCCCUCUGGGUCAGCCAUCGCAAGGGGAGUAUCACAUUCCCAGGCCGUUUUUGAAGCCCAAGAAGAAUCUGAUGGUUGUGUUUGAGGAAACGGGGGGAGACCCCUCCAACAUAGAGCUGGUUCUGGUGAACAGAGACACAAUCUGCGGUCAGGUAUCGGACUACUAUUCUGCUAGCGUUAAGUCGUGGGAUAGGAAGGGAGAGGAGUUGAAGCAGGUAGUAGAUGAUGUAAGACCCAGCGUGCAGCUCAAAUGCCCAGACGACAAAGUGAUGAAGAAAAUAGAGUUUGUGAGCUACGGGGAAUUUCCGGAAGGGGUUUGCGGGAACUACUUUGCGGGAAACUGCACCUUUCCUAACGCCAAUAAAAUAGUGGAGAAGGCGUGCUUGGGGAAGAGCCAGUGCAAAGUUCCGGUAGAGAAGAGUUUGUUCGAGGAGGAGGGAAUAAAGCAUCCCUGCCCCCCCAACGACUACUACACUUUGACUGUGCAAGCUAAAUGCGGACACUAGCCACCUACCCAAACAUCCAUCAUAUCUCUCCCAAACAAAAUAUUAUGUGUACUCUCAAUUUUUCACUCUAAUACAUGUAGUACAACUCUACUAGGAACGUACAAUUAAUUUUCACCUCACCUGCAUGUCUGCAUGCAUACACUAGCGCAGCCUGUUAUUUAUUUUAUUAUUUUUUUUUUCAGAAAACCUAAGGUGCUUGGAUUGUUGAAAUAAUAAAAUAGAGUGGCUUUUAAAUUAAUUAUUUGUUUAUUUUUGACAUA